CGAGUUGCAGCGUUCAGUCGAAACGGGUACCAGAAGACCACGAACAAAGCCUAUCACAGCAGAACAACAUAGAUGAAAACAGAGAUAUGGUCAAACUAAUGUACAAUAAUUGAUAGGCAAUUUAAACUCAAAAAGACUUAGAAAAAUUGUGAAUUUAGCUUGCGAUACACGGCCUUCUGUUUCUGACUUCUUCUCGCAACRUUUCAGAGUCGUAAAAGUAAUCUCUCUGCUCGUGAAGACGACUAAAUAAUAUUCUCUGCUCGUGAAGACGACUAAAUAAUAUGCAAGAAUUCUCUGACAUGAAUCAAGAGUAUGACUAUCUUUUCAAGUUGCUUCUCAUUGGCGAUUCAGGCGUAGGAAAAUCAAGUAUAUUGCUUCGUUUCGCCGAUGAUGCCUUCAGUGAAUGCUACAUUAGUACAAUUGGAGUGGACUUCAAAAUACGAACAGUCAAAGUUGGUGAUAAAACAGUCAAGCUUCAAAUCUGGGAUACUGCAGGACAGGAACGGUUUAGAACCCUAACAACGGCUUAUUAUCGCAGUGCACAUGGAGUUAUCCUAGUMUAUGAUGUCAACGAUAAGAAUACUUUUGUUCAUUUAGAAGAAUGGAUGAAGGAAAUUCGAAAAAACGCACGAGAGACGAUUAACCUUCUUCUAGUGGGUAACAAAUGUGAUCUCAUCGGUCACAGAGAGGUUGAUUAUGAGGCAGCCAAAACGUUUGCCGAGGAUCUAAAAGUAUCUUUUAUUGAGACUAGUGCUAAGGACUGUACCAACGUACACAAGGUAUUUCAUACAAUGGCUGAGGAACUUAGAAUCAAGCUUGGUUCUCCUAUUUGUUCUCCUGGGGAGAACGACGAAACUGACAGCCAUCUUUGGCUGCCGCAAGGAUCGAGUAAAGCAAUCAAGAAUAAGAGAAAAUGUUGUUGAAAUGGGUCAAUGCGGUAUGCAAAUCAAGAGCUGUUACGUCUUAUUUCUAGCUUAUUAGCAUUUUUUGUCUKUAGGUACGAUGAAUGUACAUUGUUCUCGUGUCUAUAUUGGUCUAUUGUGAGGCUGAUAUUAACGGAUGGACUAGUGUCUACCAGACUUUUCCAGAAAAUUUAUAAAAUGAUGUUUCUGUUAGUUUUGAGUGUAACAAAAUCGAUUUUGUAGGCUGGAAAUAAUUGACAAAUUAAUUGCAA